UCCGCCCUUCUCACUCUUCCUCGCCAUCCACCAUCCAACCAACUCGUAUCCAUAACCCCACAUCCAUCCACCUACUAACAAUGUACCGCCUCGCCCGCCCCACCCUCAACGCCCUCAAGGCCCCCGUCGGCCAGCGCAACUUUGCCAAGGCUACCCUUCUCGGCCGUCUCGGCAGCUCGCCCUCGGUCCACGAGACGCAGGACGGCCGCAAGUUUGUGACCUACAACCUCGCUGUUCCCAAGCCCCCCAAGCGUGACGCCGACGGCAAGGUCGUCCUCGGCCCCGACGGAUUCCCUGUCCGCGACACCAACUGGUUCACCGUGUUCAACUUCAUCCCCAACUCGGUCGAGUACCUCUCGGCUCUCCAGCCCGGCACCCAGCUCCUUGUCGAGGCCAACCUCGAGUCGCGCUCAAGUACUGACGAGGCCGGCAACCACCAGAAGGACCUCUUCCUCCGCGAGCUCUCGCACAAGAUUGUCUCGAAGAAGAAGUAAAUACAUGUUGCAGUCUUUCUUGUACACGGAUGCAGAAUGAUUGAAUGCGUG